AUGACAAAGAAAAAUAAUAAAAAAGGGACCAGGGCGCGUGACGAACGCAAACGAGGUAACACAGGAGCGCGGUCGUCAGAACUUACAAGAGCCCGGCAGAAUCCAUCAAGCGAGUUGUCAACAAGCUCCAUCAGUCUUCCACUCAAAGACCAACAUUUAUUGCUAUCCUCUCUCCAGUGCGUCCUAGAAGAAAUGUGCGAAGCUUUCGGGGCCAAACAUUAUCAAUGUCAAUCACUUCUAGAGAAGCAUGGCUGGACCGAGCCAAAGUCACUGGAGCUACAUUCCUGGUGUCGGGUUAUCUUAAAUUGCCCGGACAAGUUAUCAUCACUAUUAGAACCGGUUCAUGAAGAAGAAAGAAGACAUAUCCUCAAUACUUGUGCCAACAUUCGUCACUCUGCAGUUCAUCGCCUACCACAGGACGCUGAAUCGAUCUUCCGGAGCCUGGACGCUGGGAUAGGUCUGGCCAAGAUGCAUCGGGAUGCAACAGUUGUUCAGUAUAUUCAGAAUCUCCGGUCGGACUUCCAAACCAUUAUCAAGGACACUUGGUCACGGAAACAUGCCUUGCAGGAUAAGUUGCAGACACGACUUGAACAAAUCUCGAAAGAGCAGGCCCGGCUCAAGCAGACAGCAAUGCGGGAUGCUAAAACAGAAGUAGACAACUGUGUUAGAGAAGCUGGUGCACGACUUGUAGACUGUGUUAACGCGAUGUCACACAAAAUGGCAUCAGCUGCCCAGGCCAUAUCAGAUAGAGACGAUUUCUCCGAACCGGAUAUCGACAAAAUCCUGCUAGAGGCAGAAAAAGCAGGCGUCGUUCCUUUCGCGAAGCUGCCUGGAUAA